AUGGAGGAGCACACUGUUCACCAGACAGAGCAAAUGACCACCAUCGAGGCCAGCGCGGUCAGCCAGGUCCAUCAGUUUGUCCAGGUGCACGUGGCCACAUACACAGAGGCGUCCAUGAUGAGCGCUGAUGAGGACUCCACGUCGUCCCCUGAUGAUGACCCGUAUGAUGACAUUGACAUCCUCCACUCAGCGGGAACUGAUGAGGUCACUGCACAUCUAGCAGCUGCAGGACCUGUUGGCAUGGCAGCCGCAGCAGCUGUCGCUACCGGAAAGAAAAGGAAAAGGCCUCACAUUUUUGAAUCCAAUCCAUCAAUUCGGAAGCGGCAACAAACCCGACUACUAAGGAAACUACGAGCCACUCUCGACGAGUACACCACCAGAGUCGGUCAGCAGGCCAUUGUGUUGUGCAUCUCUCCCUCCAAACCAAACCCCGUCUUCAAGGUCUUUGGAGCUGCUCCUCUGGAGAACGUGGUGAGAAAGUACAAAGGCAUGAUGUUGGAGGACUUGGAGAACGCCCUGGCAGAGCAUGCUCCAGCGGGGGGCGAGCUGGCCUCUGACCUGCCCCCCCUCACCAUCGACGGCAUCCCUGUGUCUGUGGACAAGAUGACUCAGGCCCAGCUGCGCGCCUUCAUCCCAGAGAUGCUGAAGUACUCGACGGGCCGCGGGAAGCCGGGCUGGGGAAAGGAGAGCUGUAAACCGGUGUGGUGGCCUGAAGACAUUCCUUGGGCGAAUGUCCGCAGUGACGUCCGCACAGAGGAGCAGAAGCAGAGGGUGUCGUGGACGCAGGCCCUCCGUACGAUUGUCAAAAACUGUUACAAGCAGCACGGGCGUGAAGAUCUCCUCUAUGCGUUUGAAGACCACCAGGUGACCACGGUGACCCACGCACACCUGACUGCGGCCCAGAGCAUCGCACACCUGGUGCCAUCCCAGACCGUGGUGCAGACGGUCAACAAUCCCGAUGGGACAGUCUCACUCAUACAGGUGGGCACAGGACACACGGUGGCCACGCUGGCAGACGCCUCAGAGCUCCCUGGGGUCACGGUGGCACAAGUCAACUACUCGACCGUCACGGAUGGAGAGGUGGAGCAGAACUGGGCCACUCUUCAGGGCGGAGAGAUGACCAUCCAGACCACUCAGUCCUCAGAGGCCACGCAGGCCGUGGCGUCGUUAGCAGAGGCCGCUGCUGUCGCCACGGGACAAGAGCUACAGCCUGGAGCCACCGUCACGAUGGCCCUCAACAGUGAGGCGGCCGCUCAUGCCGUGGCCACGUUAGCGGAGGCCACGCUGCAGGGCGGAGGGCAGAUUGUCCUGGCAGAGACGGCAGCAGCGGUGGGGGCACUAGCCGGGGUGCAGGACGCCACAGGCUAUUCUACUCUUCCAGGCUUGGUGCAGAUCCCCGUCAGCAUGUACCAGACUGUGGUGACCAGUUUGGCGCAGGGGAACCGGCCCGUGCAGGUGGCCAUGGCUCCGGUGGCCACGCGCAUCGAGAACACUGUGACACUGGACGGCCAGGCUGUAGAGGUGGUCACCCUGGAACAGUGA